AUGGACCAGAAAGGAGUUCAGCUGUACAGAGAGACCUUUACUUGUUCAAUCUGUCUGGAUCUACCGAAGGACCCGCUCGAGGUGAGUCGACUAAACAUCCAGCAGAUAAUCCAGGACAGAGAGAAAGAUGUGGAGCUGCUUCAACAGGAGGUGGAGGCCGUCACGCUCUCUGCUGAUAAAUUAGUAGAGGACAAUGAGAAGAUCUCCAGUGAGCUGAUCCGUCUCUUCCACAAAAGAAGCUCUGAUGUGAAGCAGCAGAUCAGAUCCCAGCAGGAAACUGAAGUGAGUCGAGUCAAAGAGCUUCAGGAGAAGCUGCAGCAGGAGAUCACUGAGCUGAUGAGGAAAGACGCUAAACUGAAGCAGCUCUCACAUACAGAGGAUCACAACCAGUUUCUACACAACUACCCCUCAGUGUCACAACUCAGUGAACCUACAGACUCAUCCAGCAUCGAUAUCCGUCCUCUGAGAUACUUUGAGGAUGUGACAGCAGCUGUGUCAGAGCUCAGAGAUAAAUUACAGGACAUGCUGAAGGACAAAUGGACAAACAUCUCACUGACUGAGACUGAAGUGGACGUUUUACUGUCAGAACCAGAACCAGAGCCCAAGACCAGAGCUGAGUUCCUAAAAUAUUCAUGUGAAAUCACUCUGGAUCCAAACACAGCAAACAGAAACGUGUUAUUAUCUGAGGGGAACAGAAAAGCAGAACUAACAAGCCAAACACAGUCUUAUCCUAAUCAUCCAGAUAGAUUCACUGGUUAUUGGGUUCAGAUCCUGAGCAAAGAGAGUCUGACUGGACGUUGUUACUGGGAAGUGGAGUGGGGAGGGGAAGGAGUUGAUCUAGCACUGGCAUACAAGAAAAUCAAGAGAUCAGGAAACUCAAAUCAAUGUAAAUUUGGAUUUAAUAACAAUUCUUGUACUUUCAAAUGUGACAUUGAUGAUCAUGAGUUUUAUUCGAACGGAAAAAUGUCUCGCGUCUCAGGUCCUGUUUCCUCCAGAGUCGGCGUGUACCUGGAUCACAGCGCAGGUAUUCUGUCCUUCUACAGCGUCUCUGAAACCAUGACUCUCCUCCACAGAUUCCAGACCACAUUCACUCAUCCUCUUUAUGCUGGACUUGUUCUUUAUGGUGAAGGAGACAAAGCUGAGUUCUUUAAACCCAGGUAG